AGCAUCUCGGUCUCCUCGUUCCUCGAAAAGAGAGUUUGUUUUGUCUCUUCAACAGUUUCAGUCACUCACCUGUCCACUCUUUACUUUCAGUACUUCUCUACAGCUCGACGCCGGCGUCAUUACACUCACUUCUCACCUUUGUGUGCACUUCUAACGCCCGGAAAUCACCUUCAAAAACAACCAAACCAAAUCACCGUCAAGAUGAAGUCUGUCGCUGCUCUCGCCCUUACCGCCUCCAUGGCCAACAUGGUUGCCGGCCACGCCAUCUUCCAGCAACUCUGGGUCAACGGUGUUGACCAGGAGUCCAGCUGCGUCCGCAUGCCCGCCUCCAACUCCCCCGUCCAGGACCCCACGUCCAACGACAUGCGCUGCAACGCCAACUCUGCCGCCGCUACCACCACCUGCGGCGUCAAGGCCGGCGACACCAUCACCGUCGAGAUGCACCAGCACAACACCCGUGAUUGCACCGAGGAGGCUAUCGGAGGUGCCCACCACGGCCCCGUCAUGGUCUACCUGAGCUCCGUCACCGACGCCGCCACCGCCGAUGGCUCCAGCUCUUUCUUCAAGAUCUUCGAGUCCGGCUACUUCGCCAACAACAACACCUGGGGUAACGACCUGAUCAACGAGGGCUGCGGCAAGCAGAACGUUGUCAUUCCUUCCGAUAUUGCCCCUGGUGACUACCUUCUCCGUGCCGAGACCGUCGCUCUCCACGCCGCCGGCUCCGAGAACGGUGCUCAGUACUACAUGAGCUGUUAUCAAAUCAAGGUCGAAGGCAGUGGCACUGCUAAGCCCGAGGGUGUCGUCUUCCCCGGUGCUUACAAGGCCACCGACCCUGGUCUGUUGAUCAACAUCUACAACACCAUCACCUCCUACGUCAUCCCUGGUCCUGCUGUCUACGAGGGUGGUGGUUCUUCCGGCUCUGCCCCGGCCUCCUCCGCUCCCGCUGCCGCCCCUACUACCCUCGUCACUAGCGCCGCUGCCGCCUCGGCUACCCCCACGGCUGCCGCGCCUGCGACCACCUCUUCCGCCGCCGCUGCCUCUACCUCUGCUGCUGCCGCCCCUGCGCCCAGCAGCCCCUCCGGCUGCAAGCGCCGCCGUUCCCACAAGGCCCGCCGCUCUGCCAAGUACUAG